AUGUCAACCAAGAAAGCUUUAACCGAAAUUCUGGGGAUCAAGUAUCCUAUUCUAGUAGCACCAAUGGCCGGAGUAUCCACACCGGAAUUGGCAGCAGCUGUAUCUAAUUCUGGUGGUUUAGGAUCGCUUGGACUUGGAGCAAGUUCUGUCGAAAAAGCAAGAAACGCCAUAAUUGCGACGCAGAAGCUAACCAAGAGUCCAUUUCAGGUCAAUUUCUUCUGUCAUGAGCCAGAAGAGUUGAACGUGGAGGUGGCACGCAAUUGGAUCGAAUAUUUGAAGCCAAUAUUUGCUCGGUUCCAUACUAAACCUGAAAAGGAAUUAACCAAGAUCUAUAACAGUUUCUUGGAAGAUCCAGAAAUGCUUGCAGUGGUGUUAGAAUUGAAACCGAAAGUGGUUAGUUUCCAUUUCGGAGUGCCAUCUGCGAGCACUUUAAAAUCAUUGAAGCAAGCGGGAGUUGUCACGAUGGCAAGUGUGACUCAAUUAAGUGAGGCUGAAUUGGCUAUUGGGCACGGGAUAGAUAUCCUAAUCGCUCAAGGUGUCGAAGCGGGUGGUCAUCGGGGAAUGUUUAACGCAUCAUUAGAUCCGGCAAUAUCCACGAGAGAUUUGGUGAAAUUACUAAAAGCAAAGUUGGGCACAACUAUUCCUAUAGUAGCAGCAGGAGGAAUAAUGUCUGGUCAAGAUAUUAAAGGAAUGAUGGAAGUAGGUGCCAGUGGUGCUCAAUUAGGAACCGCAUUUGUCCAAUGCAAAGAAUCGGCUGCGUCAGAAAAUUACAGGAAAUUAUUAUUUGACAAAACAAGAAAUGACAUAACUCAAAUCACAAGCAGCAUAUCAGGUCGUCCGGCGCGAGCUUUGUUGAAUAGUUGGCACACUGAGGUGGAUAUUCCAACUAGAGUGAUACAUCCAGGGUAUCCAUUUACAUACGAUGUGGGGAAGCAGUUAAAUGCCGUGUCUAUUCCAGAUCAUGAUGGUACCGCAAAUUCUUUCGCAGCACAUUGGGCAGGAUCCAAUGUCAGCCGUAUCCGUGAUAUGGAUGCGAGACAACUAAUGCAAACCCUUGUCGAUGAGAUGAGAUAA